AUGCCUGUUUACCACUGUUUUCAGGGCUUUAAGGACAAGGUGUAUCGUCAACGGAGACAGCACUUCUCCGAGAUCGCCAUGAACCACCGCCACGACAAGCCCAUCCCCCGCGUGGAGUACACCGAGGAGGAGACGAGGACAUGGGGUGUGAUAUUCCGCGAGCUGAGCGAGCUGUACGAGACGCACGCCUGCCAGGAGUACCUGGAGAACUGGCGCCAGCUGCGUCGCUACUGCGGCUACCGGCACAACCACAUCCCCCAGCUGGCUGACGUGGACGCCUACCUGCGCCAGAGGACGGGCUUCCAGCUGCGGCCGGUAGCCGGCUACCUGUCACCACGGGACUUCCUGGCCGGGCUGGCCUUCCGGGUGUUCCACUGCACCCAGUACAUCCGCCACAGCUCCGACCCGCUUUACACACCCGAACCGGACUGCUGUCACGAGCUGCUGGGUCACAUGCCGCUACUGGCCAACGCCAGCUUCGCACAGUUCUCGCAGGAGCUCGGACUGGCUUCGCUGGGCGCCUCCAACGAGGAGAUCUCCAAGCUGGCCACGUGCUACUUCUUCACGGUGGAGUUUGGCCUGUGUCGGGAGAACGGGCGGCUGAGAGUGUACGGCGCCGGUCUGCUCUCCUCAAUCGCAGAGCUGAGACACUCGCUGACACCGGCUGCCAAGGUCCGCAGAUUUGAUCCUGACGUGACGUGCACAGAAGAGUGCAUCAUCACGGCCUUCCAGAACGUUUACUUCUAUACGGACACGUUUGAGGAGGCCAAGGAGAAAAUGAGGGCGUUCGCUGCUACAAUUCAUCGGCCGUUCGGCGUUCGCUACAACCCGUACACGCAUUCCGUGGACGUUUUGUCCAGCACUCAGAAGGUGGCGGCGCUGGUGUCCGAGCUCCGCGGCGACCUCUGCAUCGUCACCAACGCCCUCAAAAAGAUCCAGGAAAAUGACGAAGAUGCUGACAUCGAGGGCAUCACGAGUCUGCUGUCAGCAGCGUUGCCGGCAGAUACGGCCCGAACACCAACACCGCCCUCUGCCGCCACUCCAGACCUCUCGCCCAAUCAGUCGCCGCCAGAGAAGACAGACUAGGCGCUUGUUGGCCCGCCCUUCGCCGCCACUCCCGACUUCUCGCCCAACUAGUCACCGCCAGA